UCACAUAUAUAUAGACGUAACCAAUGAUUUAAAUGUAAUUUCCGAGCUCCGUAGUCAUUAGUUUCCAAGUAAACAUUUUCUCGGAGUGCUGUGGUAUUGAUCACAUUCAACAGAAAAGUGACAUUCACAAGAUGCCAGUAGCAGGUGCAAGAAACUUUCAUACCAUUCAUGAUGCCGUUCGAGACUGUGAUGUUUUGCAACUGGAGGUUAUGGUGAAGAACGGUGCCAGCAUCAAUGAAGUAGAAGAGAAAGAAAAAUUUACCCCUGUACAUACAGCGUGCAACGUGGGUGCUCUGGAGUGCCUUCAUUGGUUGCUAUGGCAUGGGGCAGAUGCCACUGUGACCACACCUCGUGGAUGGACACCAGCUCAUAUUGCUGCCAUCCGUGGACAGGAAGGUUGUCUUCAAGCUCUUGCAAACAAUGGUGUUAGCAUGUCAGCUAAAGAUGCCCGAGGCAGUACACCACUUCAUCUGGCCUGUGCCCAUGGCCAUUCCUUUUCAGUGCAAAGCCUUCUGCGCUGUGGGGUGGAUGUGAAUGCUGUGGAUAAAAGCAACUGGACACCAGUCCAUACAGCUGCUUAUCAUGGCCGACUCGGCUGUCUUCAGUUGCUGAUAAAGUGGGGUGCUCGGUUUGAUGAUGUAGACAGCAGUGGGAACACACCAGCACAUCAAGCGGCCAUGGAAGGACAUUUGCCAUGCCUGAAGUUUCUUGUUAGCAGUGAGGGAUGUCCGCAGCAUACACUGGGUGCACGCAACGACCAUGGUGAGACACCCCGUGACCUUGCCCAGCAGUUUUACAAGGAAAACAUCUUGGAAUAUAUUGAUCAUGUUCUACAUGAGGUAGACCAUCCAGAGGAAGCAGAAAAUUUAUCAUUUCCUGCUCAUGUUGCGGCAUACAAUGGGGAGCUAGACCAUCUAAGAAUGCUUAUUGAGAAUGGAGUGGUCAACAUCAAUGAGCGAGAUGACAAAGGCUCAACUCCAGCACAUAAAGCUGCUGGUCAAGGCCACAUGCACCUUUUACAAUGGCUGAUUGAAAUGGGGGCUGACAUGGAGAUUGCCAACACAGCUGGGGAGACUCCAAGAGAUAUAGGAAGAUUUGCACAGCUGGCAUGUGUCAAGCUUUUAGGAGGAGAUCCAGAGGAGGAGACCUCAGUAGUCGUUGGUGAGGACUCUGAAGAUGAGGAGGGUGAGGAGGGGAUUAGAAGGAGAGAUAAGUCAAAGAAAAGCACAAGCAGUGAUUCUAAAGGUCGUGCUCGCUUGAGAGUGGAGGAGCUGGAAAGGCUGUUGGAGAUCGCCAAGAAGAACUAUGUUCAACUAGGAGGCACCCUGUCUGAAGAAAGACGUCGCAUUCGAGAAAUACGCGACAAGGACCAUACUAUCAGAGAGUUGGAGGCACAACUGGACUAUGAGCGACUCAAAAGAGAGAAGCUAGAGGCUCAGCUGGACCAGUACCGCCUUGAGAUCGUUGACCUCAACUCUCAGAUGGAGAAUAUGAAGAUAGAGGUGAGUGAGGAGCAGGAGGCAGGGACAAGACUAAAGAAGAAAAGAGCGAUGGUGAAGAGCAAAGACGACGGUGGCGUGUUUAUCAGACGAAAUGUAACUGUCGCCAAGCGAGGCACUCGCUUCAAAAUUGUGUGAAGUGCUGCAUGCACAUGCUUGCUCUUGAUUGUACUUACAUUUCCACGCGGCAUAUCUAUAUUAGUAGUGGUCUUUAUCCUUCCUUAAUUGUACGAAAAGUUAUUAACCAUCAUGAAAGAUGAUUUACAAUCUUCAAGUGUGGACAAUGAGAAGAAUUUAGAACAAUGCAGACAAUGAUAAGUACAUGAUAUAUUUGGUGGGCAAAAUGCAGUCGCAUGCCACACACUCAUACAACUGCUACAUUCUUAACCCUUCUCCUAGCAAUACUUAUCAGCGGUGAGCGCGCACACACACACGGUACUGUGUGUUUAUAUUUUUCUCUGCAAACCGCUAUGAGCUUGCCUUUGAUGGUGAUGUAACACGCAAUAGAAAUUCGCACUGUUAUUAUUAUUGUUGUUAGCAAGAACGAUCUCAGACAGACUGUUGGACUGUUCUUAGCAUAAUUACCCUAAUGGGCUAGGGUUAGGUACAACACAUGGAUACACCGUGGGAUGUAAUGGAAUUACACUGACAGCACAGAAACACCGUGAAUUAUUAUUGUACAUUAUAACAUAGAUACACCAUGGACUGUAAUGGAUUACAUUUUACAACAGAUAGACGCACCCUGGAUUGUAAUUACAUUGUAAGUGCAUUGUGUUGAUGAUUUUAGGGUAACCCAAAGUGGAAUGCAAUACCGUUUGAGGAAUGUCACAAACUGUAUGAAAAAUACAUGUCAUUAGCUUUAUUAUAGAAUUACAAUAUGUUACAAGACAAUAAAUUUGAUCCAGUGA